AUGGCUAUGGCAAGUAGAGGACGUCAAUCCAAACUCCCUCCAGAGGUGAACAAGAUCCUCUAUAUCAAGAAUCUUCCAUACAAGAUAACAGCCGAAGAGAUGUACGAUAUUUUUGGAAAGUUUGGAGCCGUCAGGCAAAUUAGAAUGUGAGUUUAAUUGUUGUUUAUUAUUCUUCGGGAAUGUUCUUUGUUCCUGGUUUCUAUUUUGGCCUUUUAAGUGGCAACACACCUGAAACUCGGGGAACUGCAUUUGUGGUUUACGAAGACAUUUUUGACGCCAAGAACGCCUGUGAUCAUCUCAAUGGAUUCAAUGUGUCCAAUCGUUAUCUUGUCGUAUUAUACUAUCAGACGACUAAAGCUUGGCUCCGGAUGGAUACCGAGAAAGCAAAGGAGAAGCUCGAGCAAGUGAAAGAACGAUAUGGACUAGGUGGAGACAUCGAUAAAGAGAAGGAAAAGGCAAUGAUGACCCCCACACCUCGAAGGAAUUAA